AUGGCUUCCAUCCGAGUGCUGUCGUUCGAUGCUGAGGGCCGCCCUGUGAAGUUCGCCACUUGGCUGGAUGACCUGCAGCUGUUCCUUCUGAGCGAUAGCAAGGAGCAUGUGUCGCUCUAUGAUUACGCGUCUGGUGCUGCACCUGCCCCUCCUGCCACAGCUGAGCUUAGUGUUCGUUCCCACUGGCAGACUCGUGAUGCAGCUGCUCGCCUAGCCAUUCGCAGUCACCUGCCGUUAGCUGAGCUCGAGCAUUUUGGCGACUGCAAAUCCGCUAAGGCCCUGUACGAUGCUGUCGUUGCUCGCUACUCCUCGCCUGCCACAGCCGAGCUUAGCCGCCUCAUGCUGCCGUACCUGUUCCCUGACCUGUCCACCUUUGCUACAGUCGCCGAUCUUAUCACCCACCUUCGCACUAGUGAUGCCCGCCUUCGUGCCGCCCUUCCCACCGAGUUCUGCGCUAAGAACCCCCCUCCCCUGUACUGGACACUCCACUUCAUAGUCACCCGUCUCCCUGACACCCUCAGCUCAGUUCGAGACCACUUCCUUGCUCGCUGUCCCACUGAGCUCACCGUUGCCCUCCUAGAGGAGCAGCUGCUAGCGGCCGAAAAGAGCAUAGUAGCUGUCGGUGCUGCUCGUGGCGCUCCUCGCACCCCCAUCUUUGAGGGGUGUUCUCCCUCUCCCCUCGCUCCCUCCUACGCUACUGCUGCUGCUGUUGACUUCCUUGGUGCUGAGUCUGCUGGCGCUGCUUCUGCUCCUAGUGGGAGGCGCCGCACCGGCAAGGGCAAAGGGGGCAAGGGUGGCGGGGGUGGCGCUGGGGGGGUCGGCGGUGGGGGAGGUGGGGGGGGAGGCGGUGCUGGAGGGAGCGGUGGCGGGAGUGCUGGUGGGAGUGGGGUCGGCAGCGGAGGCGGGGGCGGCGGAGGGAGCGGUGGCGGUGGUGGCGGCGGCGGCGGUGGCGGCGGCGGCGGCGGUGGCGGCGGCGGUGGUGGCGGUCGGAGCGGAGGUAGUGGUGGUGGCGGAGGUCGGAGUGGAGGCACCGGCUCGGGCCAGAGCUCCCAGCAGCAGCAGCGUCCCCAGACGACCCAGCAGCUUCGUGAGUGGCUUGCUCAGCGUGGGACGUCGGGGGGCAGUGGCCGCUGUUCCUAUGUCAUUCGCACAGGUGACCGCAAGGGACAGACGUGUGGGAGGUUCCACACCCCGUACCGCUGCUUCUCCCGCCUUGACGACGCUUGGCGUGAGGAGAUGGGCGAGGAUGUUGAGCGCCCCCGCUGGGCUGAGCUCAUGAGGGCUGGUGUUGAUAUCUUUGCUCUUGACUAUGAUGCUAUUAUUGCUGCCAUGUAUGCAUUGACUGUUAGUGCCGAGGGAGACUGUUACUUGUGUGUGCCGCCUGACCCAGGUAUAGAGCCCGCUGCCCUGGGUACUAGUGAGUCUGCUCUCUCUGGUAUGGUGCCCCCGGUACUUGCUCCCUCCAGUGCUGUCCCGGCUGUUUGCGAGUCUGCUCUCUCAGGUACAGCACCCACAGAGACUGCUCUCUCAGGUACCGCACCGGCUGAGGCCUGUCACACCUUCACCCUUGACUCAGGUGCUUCCCGCUGUUUCUUUCGUGACAGUACUGAGCUCACACCGCUUCCUGCACCGGUUCCAGUCUCCUUGGCUGACCCCUCUGGGGGCCCAGUCCUUGCCCAGUCCACCACUGUGCUCCCUUGUCCGGCGGUUCCGUCUGGCUCGUUGUCGGGUUUCCACCUCCCCUCGUUCUCGACGAACCUGGUGAGCAACGCUGUCAUCCAGGAUCAGUGGGUUGACACCUUCACCCCAGGAGGACAGCGUGUGGCGAUCUGCACGUGCUCCAGGACCGGCCGUCACCUGGCUACGUUUACCCGUCGGCCGGGGUCGAGUCUCUACACACUGACCACUGCGUCUCCUCAGGUCGCUGCUGUCGGUCAGGUGUCCGCGUCAGGUCUAGUGGCCCACGCCUGUGAGUGUCGUUCCCUGUCGCACCAGACCCUUCUCUGGCACCAUCGCCUGGGUCACCCCUCCCUACCACGCCUCCGUGGCAUGCACCGUCGCCACCUUGUGUCUGGUCUUCCCAGGUCCCUCCCUCCCCUCCCUGCCUCGCCUGCACCGCCUUGCCUUCCUUGCGUCGAGGGGCGGCAGCGCGCCGCUCCUCACUCCUCCUCGUUCCCCCCGACAGAGGCUCCUCUGCAGACCCUCCACCUGGACGUGUGGGGCCCAGCCCGCGUUCGUGGCCAGGGCGGUGAGCGGUACUUUUUGCUGGUUGUCGACGACUACUCGCGUUACACCACGGUCUUCCCCUUGCGCACCAAGGGUGAGGUCCCUGCUGUUCUGAUCCCUUGGAUCCGCGCAGUUCGUCUCCAGCUCCGCCGCCGUUUCCGGACGGAUCUUCCUGUCCUACGUCUGCACUCUGACAGAGGUGGUGAGUUUUCCUCCGACCUCUUGAGGGCCUUCUGUCAGGAGGAGGGCAUCGAGCAGACCUUCACGCUUCCGGACUCCCCACAGCAGAAUGGGGUUGCUGAGCGCCGCAUUGGCCUGGUCAUGGAGGUCGCUCGUACCUCCUUGGUCCACGCGGCGGCUCCCCAUUUUCUGUGGCCGUUUGCUGUCCGGUACGCCGCGCAUCAGCUCAACCUCUGGCCCCGUGUCUCCUUGCCGGAGACCUCGCCCACACUGCGUUGGACGGGGGAGGUUGGCGAUGCGUCGCGCUUCCGGGUGUGGGGUGCUCGUGCCCUUGUCCGCGAUACGUCCGCGGACAAGCUCUCCUCCCGCACACUUCCCUGUGUCUUCCUUGGCUUUGUCCCUGACGCGCCGGGCUGGCAGUUUUACCACCCCACCUCGCGCCGGGUCUUCGCCUCUCAGGACGUCACCUUUGACGAGUCGGUCCCUUUUUACCGUCUCUUCCCCUACCGCACUGCCCCCCUCCCUCCCCCGCCGCUUUUCCUUGCUCCUGGUCCCCCUCCGGUAGACCCCCUUCCCCCUCAGGGUCCUGCUCCUUCAGGUGUCUCUCAGGUAGACCCUCCUCCCGUCACUGAGCCUGUCGAGGUCACAGGUGACUCAGGUGCUGCUGCAGGUGGUGCUGCUGGGAGUGCUGAGCCUGGGGGUGCUGAGCCUGCGGGUGCUGGGCCUGGGAGUGCUGGGACUGCGGGUGCUGGAGCUGAGGGUACUGUGCCUGGGAGUUCGGCGCCUGGGGGUGCUGAGCCUGGGGGUGCUACGACUGGGGGUGCUGAGCCUGCGUGUACGGAGUCUGGGGGUGCCGAGCCUGGGGGUGCUGCUACUGAGCCUACGGAGCCUGGGGUUGCUGCGUCUGGGGGUGCUGCGCCUGGGGGUACUGAGCCUGGGGGUGCUGCUGCUGAGCCUACGGAGCCUCGGGUUGCUGCGUCUGGGGGUGCUCCGGUUCGGGGUGCUGAGCAGUCUCUCACACCGCAGCAGCUUCGUGACUGGUACGUCCGGCGCUUUCGCCGUCCUAGUGGCUCGGCUGGAGCUGGGGGUACUGGAGCUGCCGGGACUGGUUGUUCUGGGCGCACUACGACUGGAGCUGCUGGAGCUGGGGACUCUGGAGCUGGCGGUGCUAGCGGAGUUGUAGCUGCCGACUCUGGGGGUGCUCUUCCUCGCGGUGCUGCGGACCCUGGGGGUGGCGCUGCUACUGGUGCUGCGGACCCACCUGGUGGAGCUGCUGCUGGAGCUGAGGACCCGAGCGGUGGCGCUACUGCUGGUGCUGGGGACCCGGACGCUGGAGUCUCUUCUGCUUCUGGAGGCGCUGCGCGGCCGCGGCCGUACUUCGUACCGCUCCUUCAGCAGGUUCUUGGGCAGGCUCCUCCUCCUUGUCCUCCUCCCUCCGUAGAUUGUCCUCCGCCUGUCCAGCCGCAGUCCCAGUUACCGCCUGCCUCGCCUCUCCCUGCUCCCUCUCCUUACACUGGUCCCACAGGAGGUCUUACAGAGCGUCGUGAGCCUGCGUCUCGUCCUGCGUCGCCUGUCCGUACUGCUCGCACUGGUCGUCGUGUCCGUCGUGAGCGUCCUCCUGCUGUCCCAGGCACUCACUACAUGACUCUGCGUCCGUCCACUGCUCCUCAGCGUGUCCCUCUGCCGUCUCCUCCUGCGUCCUCUUUGCCUGCUGUUCCGGACCCUGAGUCUGACCGGUAUCGUACUGAGCACCCUACUGUCACGCGUCUCCUCGCUACUGUUGUCACUGACCCUACCUUUGAGUCCUCGGCUGCGUCUGCUCUGGUCGCUGAGUUGGUUGACUUUGCUGCUGCCUGUCGUCUAGACUACGCUGCUCGCCUUGUUGCUGAGUCUGAGUCUGCGUCUGUCUGUCCUCCGUCCGUCGGGGGUGAGUGUGCUCUUGGCACGGACGUCCUUGAGGACAGGCAGGAGGACUUUGACUCUCUCGCGGCUGCUGUACCUCAUCUCGUGGCCUGGUUGCUUGCCCCUGAGGGAGACCCGGAUGCACUAGACAUCCCCACUCCGCGCACUUACGCAGAGGCGAUCUCGGGUCCCUACUCCUCUCAGUGGCAGACAGCCAUGGACGCAGAGAUGGCAUCCUGGAAGUCCACAGGCACCUACGUCGACGAGGUUCCCCCUCCUGGGGCGAACAUCGUCGAUGGCAUUCAGCGUCAGGGGGUCGACUUCUUCCAGACCUUCUCCCCCACCCCGAAGAUGACCACUCUUCGGGUUCUGCUGCACGUUGCUGCUCAGCGUGACUACGAGCUUCACUCUCUUGACUUCAGCACAGCGUUCCUGCAGGGCAGCCUGCACGAGGAGAUCUGGCUGCGCCGCCCACCUGGCUUUACUGGGUCGUUUCCUCCUGGUACCCAGUGGAGCCUCCGCCGGCCAGUCUACGGUCUUCGCCAGGCGCCACGCGAGUGGCACGACACACUGAGGACUACACUUGCGGCUCUUGGGUUCGCGCCGUCUACUGCUGACCCGUCACUGUUUCUGCGCACAGACACGUCGCUGCCGCCGUUCUACAUUCUCGUGUACGUCGACGACUUGGUCUUUGCUACUGCUGACACUGAGGCACUCGCUCGUGUGAAGUCGGAGCUGCAGAAGAGACACACCUGCACUGACCUGGGUGAACUGCGUAGCUACCUUGGCUUGCAGAUCACCCGGGACAGAGCUCGCCGCACCAUCACCCUGACUCAGUCACACAUGGUGCAGCAGGUCCUUCAGCGCUUCGGCUUCCAGUUCUCCUCACCUCAGGCCACACCUCUGGCUACCAGCCACUCGCUCUCAGCUCCACCUUCGGACGAGUCCGUAGAGCCGAGUGGCCCGUACCCAGAGCUUGUAGGCUGCCUCAUGUACCUGAUGACUUGCACGCGACCUGACCUCGCGUACCCUCUUAGCAUCCUUGCUCGUUACGUUGCGCCUGGGAGACACAGGCGAGAGCACUGGGAGGCUGCUAAGAGGGUGCUGCGUUACUUGUGCAGUACAUCAGGCAUGGGGCUGGUGCUUGGAGGACGCGACAGAGUUGUCCUCACUGGUCACUCGGACGCUUCUUGGGUGGAUGACCUGGCUACGCAGCGGUCGUCACAGGGUUACACCUUCAGCCUUGGCUCUGGUUCUGUCUCGUGGCGGUCCACUCGCUCUUCCUCUGUUCUCGGCUCUAGUUGUGAGGCUGAGAUCUACGCCACAGCCAUGGCUGCACAGGAGUUACGCUGGCUCACCUACCUGCUGACUGACUUGGGAGAGCGGCCUAGUUCUCCUCCAGUUCUGUACGGUGACAACAAGGCGGCUCUUGCCUUGUGUCAGGAGCACAGACUGGAGCACAGGACGAAGCACAUUGCUCUUCGCUACUUUCUUGCUCGAGAGCUUCAGCAGCGCGGUCAGCUUCGGCUUGUGUACGUGGACUCGAAGGCCAACACUGCUGAUAUCUUCACCAAGGCGCUCCCGCCUAGUGAUCAUCAGCGGCACUGUACUUCUUUAGGCCUUGUGUCCACGUUUCCUCACUUGCUCACUGCUUGA